AGCUUUUUCAACUGCGAUAGUGCUGUCACGGCUGGAUGGACUAUUUUUGGCUUUGGAUUCCACUUUCGUCUUUCAAAGCCCGCGAGCUUUGGCGGAGUAAGUGUUCCAGGCAUACUCUAGCGACUGGCGAACGGUAGAAAUGAAACAUGCUUGAGCUCUACUCCAGUUUUACGAACAAAGGCGUCCCCAACCCCAUUUUCACAGGUUAUCAAUUGUGAUUGUGACUGACAGGAUGUAAUGCGCCCAGCUGUGGAAGAACCGUACCCAUCCCCGAAACGUCCAGCCGAAAUUCAGACCGACAACGCAAGGGCGUCAUCCUCAUUUUUUGACACGCACCGCUUAUAUUUGGUCCCCUGUAUAAAAGGUUCAGGUUUUCAGUAUUCUCAACAUCAGCUUUCUUCUACUGCUUCCCUCCAGCUUAGUCUAAAUCCACCCUAUAGAGCCAUGUUCAAGUCUAUCAUCUCCCUCGCCCUCUUCGCUGGUGCUGCUUUUGCCCAGAACGUUGCAAUCGCCAACCCCGCGCAAGGCGCCUCGGUGGCUCCAGGCAGCAAUUUGAUCGUUCAGCUCGAGAGGCCAAACUCCCAGUCGCCCUCUCAGGAAGUUGCCGUCGUCAUCGGCAUUCAGUCAUGCUCCAGUCAACCCUGUGCCGCUCCUGCCGACAUCUUUGGUCAAAUCUUGUACAACGGGGCCUACGAACCCGUGUCCCACGAGCCUCAGUUGCCCAAUUACCAAAACAUCUCGGUGACGAUCCCAGCUUCGUUGCCCACAGGAACUGCUCAGAUCAACGUUCUUCACGUGAAUUUGGUUGGCGCGGGUCCGAGCCCCGCCCUCCAGACUCUGAACCAGACGAUCACGAUCACCUAGAUCAGGGAUACCGGCACGCAACGACCGAAAAUAAGAAUGUGGGGAUUGGCGGGGGAUUGUCUUGUGAUACUAGGCAGUCUGAUAGGAUUAUCUGACAUUACACUCUACGCACAUUAUUCUAAUGCUUCUACGUUGAUAUUAUAUCGCUCUUUCAGAUGAUC